CUUCGGAAAUAGAAACAAAGUUGGUUACAAAUCACACUGGCUUUGCCCGAAGGUCGCCCCCCCUCCAACCCCUCCCACUCUUCUUUAGCAUGCUGCCCAUGGGGACAGUGACCACUGCUGUCAGCGCGGUAGGUCGGGGUGGUCCGGUGGCGAGCGAGCUGUAAGUACUACCGUGACCAUGGUACCUGUUGAAAACACAGAGGGCCCCAAUCUGCUGAACCAGAAGGGGAGAGAGGCGGAGACCGAAGGCAGCUGUGGAGCCAGCGGCGGACCACAUCCUGCCUGCGCGGGAGGUCCCAGCAUGUUUACGUUCCUGACAUCUGUUACUGCAGCCAUCAGCGGCCUCCUGGUGGGUUAUGAACUUGGGCUCAUCUCUGGAGCUCUUCUACAGAUCAGAACGCUAUUAGCCCUGACCUGCCACGAGCAGGAAAUGGUUGUGAGUUCCCUCCUCAUCGGGGCGUUCCUCGCCUCUCUCACAGGAGGCGUGCUGAUAGACAGGUACGGAAGAAGGCUCACCAUAAUCCUGUCAUCCUGCCUCCUAGGACUCGGAAGCUUGGUCUUGAUAAUGAGUUUGUCCUACACGCUCCUUAUAAUGGGGCGAGUGGCUAUAGGGGUUUCCAUCUCCCUGUCUUCCAUUGCCACGUGUGUGUACAUUGCGGAAAUUGCCCCCCAACACAGAAGAGGACUUCUUGUGUCACUGAAUGAACUGAUGAUUGUCACUGGUAUUCUCUUUGCCUAUAUUUCAAAUUAUGCAUUUGCCAACAUCUCCAAUGGUUGGAAGUAUAUGUUUGGCCUUGUAAUCCCCCUGGGAGUUCUGCAAGCAAUAGCGAUGUACUUUCUUCCCCCAAGUCCUCGUUUCCUGGUGAUGAAGGGACAAGAGGAGUCUGCAGGCAAAGUCCUCAGGAAGUUAAGAGUGAUCUCAGACACCACUGAAGAACUCACUUUGAUCAAAUCUUCCUUGAAAGAUGAGUAUCAGUACAGUUUUUGGGAUCUGUUUCGCUCCAAGGACAACAUGAGGACCAGAAUCCUGAUAGGUCUGACACUGGUGUUUUUUGUCCAGACCACUGGGCAGCCAAACAUACUAUUCUACGCAUCAACUGUCUUGAAGUCUGUUGGCUUCCAGAGCAACGAGGCAGCUAGCCUUGCCUCCACUGGGGUGGGAGUGGUCAAGGUGGUUAGCACUAUCCCAGCAACCCUCCUUGUGGACCACAUUGGCAGCAAAACCUUCCUCUGUAUUGGCUCCUCCGUCAUGUCUGCUUCACUGUUGACCAUGGGCAUUGUGAACCUCAACAUCAAUAUGAACGUCACCAACAUCUGCAGAAGCCAUAGUCUUCUUAACCAGUCCCUGGAGGAGUUUGUGUUCUAUGCAACAGGAAACCUGUCAAUUAGCAAUAACAGUCUCAGGGAGCACUUUAAAAGAAUCACUCCCUACAGCAAGGGCUCGUUUAUGCCCAGGGGGAAUGGCAUGGAGCCGAAAGGGGAGAUGACCUUCACGUCGUCUCUACCAAAUGCUGGACUGAGCCGAACUGAACACCAGGGAGUCACAGACACUGCAGUCGUCCCAGCUGCUUACAAAUGGCUGUCCCUGGCUAGCUUGCUUGUUUAUGUGGCUGCGUUUUCAAUUGGUCUGGGACCCAUGCCUUGGUUGGUGCUCAGUGAGAUCUUUCCCGGUGGAAUUAGAGGCCGUGCCAUGGCCCUGACGUCUAGCAUGAACUGGGGCGUCAACCUUCUCAUCUCCUUGACAUUUCUGACAGUGACUGAUCUUAUUGGCUUGUCGUGGGUGUGCUUCAUAUACACAAUCCUGAGUCUGGCAUCGCUGGCUUUUGUUGUUCUGUUUAUACCUGAGACUAAGGGAUGCUCUUUGGAACAAAUAUCAGUGGAGCUAGCAAAGGCGAACUAUGUGAAAAACAACAUUUGUUUUAUGAGUCACCACCAGGAAGAAUUAGUGCCAACACAGCUUCAAAAACGAAAGCCCCAAGAGCAGCUCCCAGAGUGUAACCACCUGUGUGGAAGGGGACAGUCACAACGGCCCUCGCCAGACACCUAACAAGCUCCAAUCCCUACGUGUGGCACAGUGGCAGGACUUACAAGGGUCUCUGCCAUGUUCUCUCCUCACUGUCAUGGAGAAGUUUUACUAGGACACCCUGAAAUUAGAAAGACCACCAUUAAUCCCUCUUCCCCCAAACAGACUUUUGCCAAAAGGUACAAGAGGCACCAAUGUCCUGAUGUAUCGGGUCAAGCAAACAAUACUGGCAGGUUCAACACCUUCAACUUUUUCUCUAGUUCAGCUUUUGAAAAGACUACAUUCUAGUGAUGAGGCCUGGCUCUGCCUUAAGCUGUCUGUGUAGGAUGCCACUCACAGCUUGGCACUCAAGACACAGUCGUGUUCUGGGCAGGCACUUACCACGUGUGCCUCUGAAGACACUGUGUGGAUGAUUUCAUUGCAUCUACGUUGUAGAUUAGGAUGGUGUCCUGAAUAAGACUUUAGUUGGCAUUCAAGUCCACCAGUACAAAGAUUAUGCAGCUUAUACAUCACACGUGAGAUACUUGUCAAUCAAAGUACUCUUUUGUAAGUUUUAUGUCAAAUUUUAAAACUCUAAGAUAAACCAUUUUCCAUUUCUUUUUCAAAAAUGAGUAGAAAGAUUAAUUUAAAAUUCCUGGGACCAUAUUUAUUUAGAAAUAGCUGUUAGUAAAUAUUAGACAAGGAGUCCGGACAUAAUACUUAUCCAGAUCUCUAAGCAGUUAGCUUUAAAUUAUACGGUCAAAUCUCUAAGAGUUGUCUCCUGGGAAGGCCUUCGUGGUAACCUGUCACAGCCCACAGCUUCCUGCAGUUCUUCCCUGCCCUCAGGAAUCACUCUACCUCAGGCUACAGACAGAGGGAUGGCACUGACAUCAGGACCUUCCUGUCUGUGAUGAGCAGUGGUGGAGAGCCACGCCAGCAAGGUGGCUUUUACCCAUGUGAUGCGCUUCUCUGGCCUCUAUUUUUUCCGUUUGAAUUUUAAGAUCUGACAAAGCAUUUCACCAAGAGAAUUUGCAUAUGAUAGAAAAAUAAAUCUGUGAUUGAAAAAAAGAGAGCAGACCCCCUAAUUUGGGUUUUUCUUCCUUUCCCCACCAAAUGGUCCCAGUCUGACGAGGUGUGUGCCCACCACAUGCCCUGGUAGCAAAGACAAGGGAUGGGGAUGAGCAGCAGCAGGAGCGCAGAGCCUGGGCCUCAGGCAGGCGCACAACAGGAGGCCUGGUUCUCAAAUGCAGCCUCUGAGGAAGGGAGAUUUAAACCCUGAUUACAUCACAGUGUAUUUCCAAUGCGGGAAGAACGGGUGAGGUGUGUUUUGUGAAGCUUCACUUCAAAUUUACCACGAGUCUCUGCAGUCAUAGGCCACCCUUUAAAAAUACUCAAGGCAGGUUAUCAAUGUAAGCUUUUUUCUUUUCCCCUCCAAGUUCUCAGAUUAAGAUAUUUUAAAAACUGUUAAACGAUUCGAUUUUGCACAUCCAUGGACACACACACUUGGCUAUUUUGUUUGUGUAUUCUUUGUGAAUGGGCAAAAAUAAGCAAAUGUAGCUUAUUACUAAUGACUUCAAUGAAGCACUGGAUCCUUCUACUGUUCUCCUAUCACCAGCUAUGGAACAAGACAUUUGUGCUUUCAAUAUAACCUUUUACCCAGUAUUAGCCCCAUGUCACUCCCAUGAAGCCUGUGGUUUUCAAAAAUAAAAAAGGGGAAUACUUAAAACUUG